AAAGUACAGUGUUAAACACCUCACGUUCCGUACUUCCCCUUUUCACUACGCCGCUUUAUCAUUUAUGACAUCACUGCUCCUUCUCACUUUCAAUUUCCCACCUGAUCUUUUCUCUCGUGAAUCCAUCUUUUCCCAAAUAUUAAACAAUAUCCUCCAAAUGCAGAUGCAAAUGCUUUCUCAAUCUCAUUUUCAUUCUCUAAAUCGCGGCAACUUUUUUCGUCUUUCCGGCUUUAAUAGCCAGAGAAUCUUCUCCGAUUCGCUUGCUUUUCCAUAUUCCGGUAUCAAUUCGUUCCCGAUCUCACACGGAAUCAAAUUGCCGUCGCUUAGGAUGGGUUCGAAUUGUGUGCUUCCUAAUCAAACGCAAAUCGCUGAUUUAGUAUUUGAGGACUCUGAGAUCGACAAAUUCGCCGCUGUUAGUAACAAAAUUGCUGAUGCUGCUGGUGAAGUUAUCCGCAAAUACUUCCGGAAAAGCUUCGAUAUUCUCGAUAAAGAAGAUUUAAGUCCGGUGACAAUUGCUGAUCAAGCGGCGGAGGAAUCCAUGGUGAAGAUAAUUCAAGAGAAUUUCCCUUCCCAUGCAAUUUAUGGAGAGGAGAAGGGAUGGAGGUUUCUAGAGGAAACUGCAGAGUAUGUUUGGGUUUUAGAUCCAAUAGAUGGGACAAAGAGUUUCAUUACAGGGAAACCUGUGUUUGGCACUCUUAUUGCUCUGUUGUACAAAGGUAAACCGAUUCUUGGCAUUAUUGACCAGCCUGUACUGAGAGAGAGGUGGAUUGGUUUAAGUGGGCGACGAACUACCUUGAAUGGGCAAGAAAUCUCCACACGCAAUUGUUCAAGUAUUUCAAAAGCCUACAUGUACACUACUAGCCCACAUUUGUUCGAAGGGGACGCUGAGAUUGCCUUUGCUCGUGUUAGAAGCAAGGUGAAAGUUCCAUUGUAUGGAUGUGAUUGCUAUGCUUAUGCCCUAUUGGCUUCUGGAUUUGUGGAUCUUGUAAUAGAGUCUGGUCUUAAGCCGUACGACUUCCUCUCACUUGUACCAGUAAUAGAAGGUGCUGGAGGAACAAUAACCGACUGGAAAGGACAACAAUUUAAUUGGAAAGCUUCUGCUGGUUCACCAGCCAUAAGUUUUAAUGUAGUUGCAGCAGGUGAUAAACAAGUUCAUCAACAAGCUUUGGAUACAUUGCAGUGGCACUAGAGGAAGCUAUGUUUCACUGUAUUGGCGAAUGUCAUAGUUAUUGAUUACUUGCUGUCGAGUCUCUACAUUAAUUUUGAAUUGUAAACUGAAUUGUGGUGGUCGUCUGUUAUAAGUUGUAACCUUCAACAAGCUGUCUAAUAACGGGUUAAAUCAGAUUACUUGCGUUUCCAGUU